AUGUCGUCGCCUUGGAAGAAGCAGCCUGAAGAUGUCGUCGACUGCGUGCUCAAGCGUGCAGAAGUGAGCAAGAUCGCACGCCGACUCCAGAACCGACUCGCCCUCGCCCAGUUCAAGACCAAGCAUGGCUGGGAGGACCUCACCCUCGACUCCAUCGAGCCCAAAGUCGAGGAGGAGAUGCGACGGAAGCGCCUCGCCGAGCCUGGCGACCUCCUCUCCGACUCAUCCUCCAGCGCAUCCGACCUCCCGUAUCCCUCCCGAGCCCUCAUGAGCUCCCCCCUCAAGGCGCCCCUGUUCUCGGAUGCAGUAGGCUCCAGCAACGGCAGCACCGGACACCGCAAGCGCACAUACUAUGCCACCUUUGCCGACGCCUCUUCGAGCCCGAGCAAGCGAUUCCGGGCCUCUCCCACCGCUCACAAGUCGUUUGGCGCUCACGCCUCGUGGAAGAACUCGCACCAGCUGGCUCAUUCUUCUCCCAUCAAGCCUCGCCGGCAGCAGCACUUCACCACGUCGGCUGGUCCAGACGUCUCCUUUUUCCAGCAGCGUCUCAUGAGCCGUGAGCUGACAUCACCCAACUUUGCUGCCCCCUCCGAUGACGAUGACGACCUCCUGCCGGUUCACUCGUUCAACCACGCCAGCAUCCGGUCUUCUCCUCCUCGCACGCCACCCAUGCGAUCCCGAACCCUCGGCAGCAGACGGGCCAAGGGCAACGCCGGGACAGGCGCCAACGGUGGCAAGACGGGGGAGGAGGGCGCAGAUCUACUUCUCUACCUGGCAGCCUCGCCAUCACCAGCCGUCAAGACGUCCACCAGGACACGGAUGGAUCCUCCUUCGACUCCCCCGCAGAAGAACAGUAAGAUGGAUCUGCCUUCGUCGAUGAUGAUGACGCCCGGUGGGGGCAACCUGUUCCCAACCACCCCAAGCCAAGCGUUUGACUUUGCCGACUUUGUCAACAUCACACCCAGCCCAGCACAAAAGCCCUGGAAGACGCCCGUCACCCUCACGGCAACUAGGACACCCGUCAGCGUGACCCAAAGGCGAUUGACGUUUGACUAG